AUGUCAGAAGAGAUUGUGUAUGCCAACGACACGCGCGUGACGGGCUACGAGCAGCUCAUGUCGCCGCAGGAGCUCAUGAGGGAGCUUCCUGUCAGCGAAACGUCGAAGGCUACGAUCGCCCGCGCCCGGCACGACGCGGCGCGUGUGAUCAACGGCCAGGACGACCGCCUGCUCGUGAUCGUCGGUCCCUGCUCGAUCCACGACGUCGAGCAGGCGAAGGACUAUGCCCGACGACUGCACGAGGCGUACGAGCAGCGCUGGAAGGACGGCCUCGUGGUGAUUAUGCGCGCGUACUUUGAAAAGCCGCGCACCACGGUCGGCUGGAAGGGUCUGAUCAACGACCCUGACCUGGACGGCUCGUUCAAGAUCAACUCGGGUCUGCGUGUGGCGCGCCAGCUUCUCCUCGAUCUCACGAGCAUGGGUGUGCCCGUAGCGUGCGAGGUGCUCGAUACCAUCUCGCCACAGUACCUCUCGGACCUGUACUCGUGGGGUGCGAUCGGCGCGCGUACGACCGAGUCGCAGCUGCACCGCGAGCUGGUGUCGGGUCUCUCGAUGCCGAUCGGCUUUAAGAACUCGACGGACGGUGGCAUUGGCGUGGCGGUCGAUGCGAUCCGCGCAUCGAGUCAGCCGCAUGCGUUCAUGGGCGUCACGGACCAGGGCACCGCCGCGAUCGUCAAGACGUCGGGCAACACGGACCUGCACAUCAUCCACCGUGGCGGCAAGAGCGGCACGAACUAUGAUGCCGCGAGCGUCGAGACCAGCAAGGCCAACCUGCUCAAGGCUUUGCCGGAGCGGCACCCCAGCAUCAUGAUCGACGUGAGCCACGGCAACAGCAACAAGGACUUCCGCAACCAGCCCAGGGGCUCCGCGGACAUUGCCGCUCAGCUCGCACGUGGCCAGAAGGCCAUCACCGGCAUCAUGAUCGAGUCGCACAUCCACGAAGGCAAGCAGAGCGAGCCGAAGAACGGGAGCACGCGCGCCGACCUCUCGUACGGCGUGUCGAUCACCGACGCGUGCGUCAGCUGGGAGACGACCGUGCACAUGCUCGAUGAGCUGCACGCAGCGAUUCUGCAACGUCGACAGGCUACGUAG